AUGCUCAAGCACGUCGUUUCGCGUGCGACGGGGUCGGCCUUCAGGAGCCAUGCCAGAAUAAUUGGAAUCAAUUCUGCUCGAUUGCAAAGCGUCCGUUUCCGAUCGUCAGGGAACCCAGAUAGGAAUGUGGCUGAGUUUCCUACUGAAUUACCGUCUUUUGAUCAAGCUGUGAGCUCUGAAUUGAGCCAGAAGAUUGCCGAACAAGCGACUCAGUUAGGUCAAGCUGUUGGUGAAGCUUCUACACACGUUGGGUACUUGAGCAGCAUUGGACUUGCCAAAUCAUGGUGGUGGCCACCCGAUCUGAUUCAAAAUAUCAUGGAACAGAUUCAUGUGUACACGGGCUUACCUUGGUGGGGGACUAUAGUUACAACGACGGUUCUUGUACGUUUAUUAAUGUUUCCGCUUUAUGUGAAGUCUUCCGAUACAAUUGCCCGCAAUUCGAAGAUUAAGCCCGAAAUGGACAAGAUAAACGAAGAACUGUUUGGUGCCACGGAUAUGGUGGAAGGUCAACAGAUUGCCAUGAAGAGAAAGAAGCUUUUGGCAGAAAAUGGUAUUAAAAACAGAUAUUUAGCAGCACCUAUGUUGCAAUUACCUGUGGCUCUUGGGUUUUUCUCUGGUAUUAGAGAAAUGGCCAACUAUCCGGUUGACGGUUUCACGACACAAGGUUUGGCUUGGUUUCGUGAUCUUUCCCUAGCUGACCCUUACCUGGGUUUGCAGAUAAUUACUGCGACUGUGUUUAUUUCGUUCACUAGGCUCGGUGGUGAAACAGGUGCUCAGCAGUUCUCGGCGCCAAUGAAGAAAUUUUUCACGGUUCUUCCUUUACUCUCAAUCCCGGCAACCAUGAACUUGUCCUCGGGAGUCGUGCUGUAUUUUGCAGUGAAUGGUUCCUUCUCGGUAAUUCAGACACUACUAUUAAGAAACAAAUGGGUGAGAAACAAGCUCAAGAUCGCUGACGUGGUCAAGCAUGAUGUGUCAAAGAAUCAGCCUAGCAAGGGAAUCAUCGAAACGUUCAGAGAAAACAUGGCCAAAGCUCGUGAGCAAGCUGAAAGGCGACAACAAAUGCAAGAGAAUGAAAAGAAGCUUCAAGAGCUUUCCAAAGAAAAAAAGCAAAACUCGAACAUCAGAAUUGUUAGAAAAUCGAAUUUAAAAUGA